ACACUGGUCCGAUAGCGGUGCUGUUGGUCCAAGAGGAUUCUCCUUCUCCUGCGUCUACUUCAAUAUCUUUACAGUAGUCGGUCGAUGUUUCCGCAAGCACUUGGGUCUGGCUAACGGUCUGAGUGUAGCGGGUGUUUCUGUAGGCCAAAUGGCUUUCCCCAGCCUUGUGACUCACGUGCUGCAACACUACGGAGUGCGCUCUGGCACACUCAUCAUGUCAGCCUUCUCCCUACAUCUCUGCGUCACUGCAGCCCUCAUGCCACGAUAUGUUGUGGAAGCGGAAUUGACAGAUCAAGAUAUUGCCAUCAGUUCCUCAUCCAUCUCCAGGCGAACUGGUGAGCCCUCGUCGAGUGCUCUUCCCAGUCCUGCCGGUGAAACCUCAUCGGAUAUUGACGUGAGGGAGCUUGAUGCCAUGUUGAGACAGAAAGGUAUUACCACCCUCGGUGUGUUUGAAAGGUAUAUUUUUGCCUUCUCUAAAACACCUGUCCAGGUCAGCACCAGUGAUCCCAAAUUAUCUUUGGAUUCGUGUUGGUUGGCUAUCGGUAACAGAACAGUGGCCUAA